UGCCCCUGGGGCCGGCUCCUGCCCCGGCCGCUCCCGCCGACCGUUGGGCGACGGGCCGGAGUUCCUCCCUCAGGCCCUCCCCCCACCCUCCGAACAGCUCUGGUGGCGGCGACCCAUGUGGGGGUUCAGGCUCCUGCGGUCUCCGCCGCUGCUUCUCCUGCUGCCGCAGCUCGGAGUCGGAAUCGCCGCGUCCAGCUCUCAGGCCGGAACUAUGAACCUGGGCGGCGGCAGCAGCAGCGGCGCGGUCUGCUCUCUCUCGGCCGGGCGGCGCCGGCCGCAGUGUGUGCAGCUGUCCACGGUGCCGGGAGCCGACCCGCAGCGCUGCAACGAGUUGCUCUUGCUGGCGGCGGCGGCCGGGGAGGGACCGGAACGGCGGGACCUCCCUGGGGACCCGGCAAAGGAGGAACCUCAACCGCCGCCCCAGCAUCACGUUCUCUAUUUCCCCGGGGAUGUGCAGAAUUACCAUGAAAUUAUGACUCGCCAUCCUGAGAAUUAUCAGUGGGAAAACUGGAGUCUAGAAAAUGUUGCCACCAUUUUAGCCCACCGGUUCCCUAAUAGUUAUAUUUGGGUGAUAAAGUGUUCCCGAAUGCAUUUGCAUAAAUUCAGCUGCUAUGACAAUUUUGUGAAAAGCAAUAUGUUUGGUGCUCCAGAACACAAUACUGACUUUGGAGCUUUUAAGCACCUUUAUACAUUAUUAGUUAAUGCUUUUAACUUAAGUCAGAAGAGUUUGCUAUCAAAGAAGAAUGUGAAAGAUUCGAAUAAGGACUCCAAAGCAUCUAAUUGUAGAUCCAGUUCUUCUCAUACUACUAAUGGUUGCCGGGGUGAAAAAGAGAGGACCUGUGAAAAAUUUGAUGAGUCUGCCAUGAGUUUUUAUCCACCAUCACUAAAUGGUGCUUCUUUUACUUUGAUUGGAUUCAGUAAAGGUUGUGUUGUGUUGAAUCAGCUGCUCUUUGAAUUGAAAGAAGCCAAGAAAGACAAGAAUAUCGAUGCUUUUAUCAAAAGCAUAAAAACAAUGUACUGGCUGGAUGGCGGUCAUUCUGGAGGAAGCAAUACUUGGAUUACUUAUCCAGAAGUCUUGAAAGAAUUUGCACAAACAGGGAUAAUUGUUCACACCCAUGUAACACCUUACCAAGUACAUGAUCCAAUGAGAUCUUGGAUUGGAAAGGAGCACAAGAAAUUUGUUCAGAUACUUGGAGAUUUUGGUAUGCAGGUGACUAGCCAAAUUCAUUUUGCAAACGAAGCUCCUUCCAUAGAGAAUCACUUCAGGGUUCAUGAAGUGUUUUGAGACUACAAUAUUAUUAAUGUAGAAUAGCAGAAGCACUUUGAGAGUUAUCAGUUCAGAUAAUGAGAUGUAAUUCAUAGAUGCAUUGUCAGUUUUUUGGGGGGUUUUUUUGGUGGGGGGUGGGGGGCAGGAAGCACACAUUCCUAAAAUAUGAGUGUAACGUGCAGUAGUAUUCCUUGCUUGUGAAUGUGAAUAGUUUCUAAUUGGGACUGGGUUACAGUUAGUUCAUUUUAAAUCUAAAAGGUGGUUUGUGAUAAUCCUACAAGGAGAAUGCAAGACCCUUGAGAAUGAAAGUUAUGAUAUAGUCCUUACAAAAGGCAAUUAAGAUUGUUAUUGUUGAAAAUAGUUUAUUUUCUGAGUAAUGUUUAAAGUUAAUUUUGGUGAUACUUUAACAGUAAUAAGCUAUUUUGGUACUCAAAACUUUUGAGUGGAAACAUGCUAUUUCUCUUUAAACAAAGCGAAGGCACACUGAUGUUUUCCAUCAGUUUGCAGUAACUAUACCCUGCCUCUUCUGUGUAUAAACUCAUGGAGUCAUUCUUCAGUGAGCCAUCAAGUAUUUUUUGUUAAGAGUCAAAAUGUAUUUGUUUCCACAUACCCAAGAAUGUGUAGUAGUAUAAAGUUGGUUUUUAAAAAUAUUACACUUAAGCACUGUGGCUUAAUUUUUAAUUGACAACUUUUGGAUAAGACAUUUUGGAGUUUCUUGAAUUUUGGCAAAAAAACAGUUCCUUUGAAAAAUUGUUUCAAAUUGAAUAUAAUUAUGUAUAUUGGGUAAAAAUAUAGUACAGAUUUAAAAUCGUUUCAUCCUAUCAGUCUUUUGAAAGAGACCAACUUAGGUAAAAUUUAAUACUCUAUUUGGUAGUGCUCUAUUGAAAAGGAGACAGAUUCUAUAGAUCUAAGUCACUGUUUCUCCUGAAGCAUAAUUUUGUCUGCCAAAAGAAAGCAGCUCUCCUUGGCCAAAAUGCAAAAUUAUAUUGCUAUAAGAAAAGUUAUAAGGGAAAGUUUGAAGACACAAAUGAUUUAAUUUUGGCUCAAAAACUGAAUUUGCUUAACACUGCUACAUAAUUUGGGUGAGGUUUCCUUCUGCCCAUUUUUCUUGACCUAGAUAAAUACAUUUUGAGAAACCAAAAUCUAAUGAAUGUCAACCAACACUGAAACAUAACUGUGUGAUUACAAUAAAAGGUUAGUGGUCUUUUUUAAAUUGUUUAUUAAUAAUUAGCUUUUGCAGGUCAUGAAAUAAUUUACCAGAGAAGUAAUAUGCUGCUUUCAGACUGAAAAAAAAAAGACUGAAGCUUAAUAUCUUAAUAAUCUAGAGGGUCUAAAUAUAUAAAAGAAUAAAUAAAAUGUUAAUUUCUUGGUUUCUUCCCAGAAUUAUAUUUUAAUGACUCUAUAAAUACAUUCCAAAUAUUGAGAGACUUAUAAGAAAGGAUUUUUACUUGUCAGAUGCUUAAAAAUAUCAUCCCUUAAUUCUAUGAACUAGAGAAUAGUAUCUUGCAAUGGCCUUUUUUUUAAAGGAUGAAGUACAGUAGUUUUAUAUUGCUUUGAUUUCUUUUAAAUACCUGCUGUUUCUUUUGAGACCAAAAAUUCCCAACAAGGAAACCAGUCAGCCUGAUUCUAGCAUUUUGUUUAUUACCUUGUCUUAAAGCACCAUUAUUGAUUGGAUGACUUCUUUCAAUAUGUUUAAAAAUCCUUGGUUAAAUUUAUGUUUAUCUAAUGUAAAAUAGCUAAGUUACUGAAUAAUUAGGGGGGGAAGGAAAGGCAUUUAUUUUUACAGGAUUAACUAAAAUGGAAAAAAAGUAUAACUUUUAGCAGAAUGAUUCAUUUAAAAAUGUGAGACAUUUAAAAAUCUGGUCCUUGUAGCUAUCCAGUCAUGUAAAUGCUUAAUUGUAAUUGUUAUAUAUUGAGUGGAUAUUAAGAAUAACUCUCUGGGACACCUGAAAUUGUCAUUGCAUCAAAAUGAAACAGUGUUGAAAAGUGGAAAUAUUUUUCUUGAAUGAAAAUAUAUUCAAGUUGACCCAUAUUCAGAUAUUUUGUUUAAUACUUAAAAUUUGUUCUUUCACCACAUUUGUUUUAAACUAUUAUAAAUGUUAGUGUAUUCUUUUGGAUUGUGCCUUUGUGUUUGUGUCAUGAGUCAACUAAGAAAAGUAGUCAAAAAAUGUGAAAGUUGUUACCACCACAGCAUGAAUGUACAGUUGUAUUAAAUUUAAUCCACAGAAGUCUGUUUGGAUGUGCUAUAUGUUAUUACAUUUGUUAAAACUUUAGAUCAUUAUUUGGAAGGAAGCUGUUUCUCUCCACUUUGCCAGUUUGGGUUUGUGUAUGUUUUCAUUAACCUCCAUUUUUUUUUUUUUUUCCAUACAAGCAACUUUGACCCUUUCCUAUAAAAAUACAGCUCUUCUUUCCUUUAAAUUGCUCCACAAAAAUUAGCAUUAUUUCCUUCUGUUGUAUUUCCUAGAGAACAGAAUCUCUCAAAAAUAGCUUAUACGUUUUCUGUGCUAAUCAUGCCAGGUAUCUGUAUUCCUUUAGCUGUCAUAAAGAGACCUGGUUAGAAUAUGGUGU